ACAAGAAACAGCGCCACAAAAUAGUAGUGGUUGCUUUUGGAAGUAAUAUCAUUCAGCUGACUUCAGUCGCAAGCAAAAAGUUGCAAAAAGAUGUCAAGAAUUUUUCGCUAAAAUUGUAUUUUCUCGUGUGAAAAAUCCGUGAAAAUUGUUGGAAAUUGUGCAAAAAACUCCACAAGGAGUCACUAGAGUGCCCCGUGAGUAGUUUUAGUGGAAACACCGUGUGGAAAAAUUUCGAAGGCAUUGGCCACAGCGGAGCUUGUGUCAGAUUUUGGGGGGAAAUGUGAGGGCAGAAGCCCCAAAAGGGAGGCAAACACGAGAGAGAGAUACAAAUAAAAAAUUGCAGUGAGAGAUUUCGGUGUAAAAUGAAAGAGAAAUUGUGGUAGAAAAAAAUUCAAGUUGUGAAAAUUUGGAGAGAAAAAUAAAAUGAGUGGACUCGUUGAGAAGUCACCGAGCAUUUCCAUGUCCAUUAAAGCCACCGCAGCCGCAACUCCAUCCACCACAGCACCGUCUCCGGAGCCCCAGAUUGAGACGGAUGCACAUGAAUCGCCAACGAAGCUCAACAACAACAUGAAUGUCGUUCUCACUAGUCUCAUUGCCGGAGCGAUAGCUGGUGCUCUGGCCAAGACAGCCAUCGCACCGCUCGAUCGCGCCAAAAUUAACUUCCAAAUCAACAAAGAGACUCCCUAUAGCUUUCGCGGUGCUACUCUUUUCCUCAAACGUGCCUUCGAGAAGGAGGGAUUCCUGUCGCUGUGGCGUGGAAAUUCCGCCACAAUGGCAAGGAUCAUUCCCUAUGCAGCCAUUCAGUUCACAGCCCAUGAGCAGUAUAAGAAAAUUCUGCAAGUGGACAAAGAUAAAAGUACAAAUAUCCGGAGAUUUGUUGCGGGAUCUCUGGCGGGAAUCACAUCGCAAUCGAUGACGUAUCCGCUGGACUUGGCACGAGCACGAAUGGCCGUAACGGAUAAAUAUACGGGCUAUCGGACGCUACGGCAGGUCUUUGUGACGAUUUGUCGCGAUGAGGGACCACGGACGCUCUUCAGAGGCUACUGGCCAACGGUUCUUGGGGUGAUUCCCUACGCGGGCAUGUCUUUCUUCACGUAUGAAACCCUCAAGCGGGAAUAUACAGCGGCCACUGGUGAGAAGAAGCCCAAUACGCUAAUCUCGUUGAUGUUUGGUGCAGCAGCUGGGGUGAUUGGGCAAACGAGUAGCUACCCCCUGGAUAUUGUGAGGCGGAGAAUGCAGACAAUCGGUAUCAAUGGUAGGACUGAUCAGUACUCAACAAUCAUCUUGACCCUUCAGAAAAUUUAUCGAGAGGAGGGAAUUAAGAAUGGAUUCUUCAAAGGUCUCAGCAUGAAUUGGAUAAAAGGACCCAUUGCCGUAGGAAUUAGCUUCUCCACGUAUGAUUUCAUCAAGGAAGUAUUGCGUGAAAUUGUGGGAUUGCACGACAAUGCCAAAGAAUAAAAAAAUGUGUGCGAGUCAAUUUUGUUGGAAUGGGAGGGAACUGCGUGAACUCUUUUUUUUUAAAAUUUUUAUCAAUGAUUGUAAAAAUAAAAUUAAUGUAAAGAAAAGAAAGAAAGAAAGUACGAAAAUUGUGAUCAGAGUCAAGCCCUCAAAAUGAGGAAAAGAAAAAUAUUCGUUGGAAAAUCACUCACAAGAUAUUCUAGCUGAUAGUCGUUUUUUUUUGUAUUUAGCUGUUACUCAAGCGCUCAAUCAGUCGUCUGUAAAAAAAAAUGCUUAGAGCGGAAAGUAAAAUGAUAUUGAUGCAAUUUUUUUAAAAAGAAAAAAAUUCUUUUUUGUGGAAAAAUAAAAGAAAAUCCUUUUUAUUUUAUACAAAAUAUUCCAUUUUUCCUCACAAUGCCUAUAAUGUGACAAUAAAAAUGUAAUGGUGCCAUGGGUCAAUUUAUCAUUGUAAUAAUCUGCUAUGAGAGUGUUUAUUAAAUAGAUCUGAUUGACUUUUUUCAUUAAA